AUGACGGACACGAAGACUCCCCACGAUCUGAACUGCCUUACCAUCGGCGAACUCGAGAAGCUUGCCGCAGAGCGCAUGGACAAGCAGACACGCGACUACUACAAUGAGGGUGCAGACUCUGGAUCGACGCUGCGCGAGAACAUUGACGCAUACCAGAAGUAUCGCAUUCGGCCACGCGUACUUCGCGACAUCUCUUCUAUCGACACGACCGUAAACGUUUUCGGAUACAAGAACAGCAUACCCCUCGGUGUCGCACCAACCGCUAUGCAAUGUCUCGCACACGACGACGGAGAACUAGCAACCGCUCGCGCAUGCGCCAACAAGGAUAUCGUGAUGGGCCUGAGCAGCUUCAGCACAACCAGCCUCGAAGACGUGAAAGGCGCAUUGGGCGACCAUCCCGGAGCUCUACAACUCUACCUCUUCGAAGAGCGCACCCAAAGCCAGAAGCUCAUCCAACGCGCCAAGAAAGCCGGCUACAAAGCUGUCAUGCUCACGGUCGAUACUCCAGUCCUCGGACGCCGGAACUUGGAGAUAAGGAACCAGUUCAAGCUGCCGAAACACCUCAAAGUAGCAAACUUCAACCGUGAUGAGAAACACGACGAGGGUGUCAAGGUCGAGAAGAAAAUCACCUCACCAUCCACGGAAGCGAACGAGUCGCGCAAGAGGAGCGAGGCACCCAGUGCCACUGACGGCAACAAGAGACAGCCACCACAAGGACCGAUAAGCUUUCACACGCACGCGCCAAACCCGACCUUAUGCUGGGAACGCGACAUAGCCUGGCUGAAAGAACAAUGUUACCCUGAGAUGGAAGUCUGGGUGAAAGGCGUAGCGACGGGAGAAGACGCACUACUAGCCUGCCACCACGGCGUCGACGGUAUCGUUGUGUCGAAUCAUGGUGGGCGUCAACUUAAUGGCGCAUUGGCUACCAUCGAUGCGUUGCCCGAAGUCGUUGCUGCUGUGCAUUCACAAACCGGGAAGAAGAUCCCUGUACACGUUGACGGAGGAAUCAGACACGGUACGGAUGUAUUCAAAGCACUCGCGCUGGGUGCGGACUUCGUCUGGGUUGGCAGACCGAUACUUUGGGGAUUGGCAUACAAGGGGCAAGAAGGUGUUGAACUGGCGCUGAGGUUGCUGAGCGAUGAAUUCAGGUUGUGCAUGGGACUUGCGGGUGUGACAAAGGUUGAAGACAUUGGACCAGAGUACUUGGUCAAGAUGGAUCGGAGUGGAUUUGUGAGUCGUCUUUAG